UCAUACGGUUUGCAGGAAAACAAGAGAAAACCUUCCAAUUCCGACAAGGCUAAAAUCCUCGUUUUUUUAUACCUCCCAUUCGGCCAUUCCCAUUUUUCUUCUCUUUAUCAUCCCGACAAAGCAAUUCUGUACAGAUCGCAAAGCUUGAUAUACUCCCUUCUAAAACUUCCUAUAUUCACGAUCACACCCAAAAGCUUCCAAUUACUCUUUAAUGGCGUAAAUCAGAAAAUCUCCAUCUAAUCAUCAAUUUAACCUAAUUUACCAGUCACUAAUUCACAAUUUUCACCAGAUCUCUCUUCGUUCGUUCUCCACUGAUCUAAAUUUUUUCAAUCGUCAAUAAUAAUAGUAGAAAGAUUUUUUAGGGAUUCUACUGAGUUUCUCCGAUCGAAGAAACAAUGUCGGGAGCGGCCUCAGCGCUGUUCCUUCUCGACAUUAAAGGUAGAGUUCUUAUAUGGCGCGAUUAUCGUGGCGAUGUUUCCGCUGUUCAAGCUGAGCGAUUCUUUACUAAACUCAUUGAGAAAGAGGGUGAUCCACAAUCACAAGAUCCAGUUGUUUAUGAUAAUGGGAUUACAUACAUGUUUAUACAACACAACAAUGUGUAUUUACUUGUUGCUACACGGCAGAACUGCAAUGCUGCAAGUGUUCUUCUUUUCCUCCAUCGUGUAGUUGAUGUAUUCAAGCAUUAUUUUGAAGAAUUAGAAGAGGAAUCGCUUAGGGAUAACUUUGUUGUUGUGUAUGAGUUACUCGAUGAAAUUAUGGAUUUUGGUUACCCUCAGUUCACAGAGGCAAAGAUCCUAAGUGAAUUUAUCAAAACUGAUGCUUAUAGGAUGGAAGUCACACAGAGGCCUCCAAUGGCCGUGACAAAUGCCGUUUCAUGGCGUAGUGAAGGAAUAAAUUAUAAAAAGAAUGAGGUGUUCUUAGAUGUUGUUGAGAGUGUCAAUAUACUUGUAAACAGCAAUGGACAAAUAAUUAGAUCAGAUGUUGUUGGGGCAUUGAAAAUGAGAACAUAUUUGAGUGGGAUGCCUGAAUGUAAACUAGGCCUGAAUGAUAGAGUAUUGUUGGAGGCUCAAGGACGAACAUCUAAGGGGAAGGCUAUCGACCUGGAUGACAUCAAAUUUCACCAGUGUGUGCGUUUAGCUCGUUUUGAAAAUGAUAGGACCAUAUCAUUUAUACCUCCUGAUGGAUCCUUUGAUCUCAUGACAUAUAGGCUCAGCACUCAGGUAAAGCCUUUGAUUUGGGUUGAAGCCCAGAUUGAGAGACACUCAAGAAGCCGUAUUGAGCUAAUGGUGAAAUCUAGAAGCCAGUUUAAGGAGAGAAGCACUGCAACAAAUGUUGAGAUUGAAUUGCCAGUGCCAUCUGAUGCCACCAAUCCAAAUAUUCGCACAUCAAUGGGAUCUGCAGCUUAUGCACCCGAGAAGGAUGCUUUAGUUUGGAAGAUAAAAUCUUUCCCUGGUGGCAAGGAAUACAUGUUGAGGGCAGAGUUCAGUCUUCCGAGCAUUACAAGUGAAGAGGCACCUCCUGAAAGAAAAGCUCCUAUAAGGGUGAAAUUUGAAAUCCCUUACUUUACUGUGUCAGGAAUUCAGGUUCGCUAUCUUAAGAUCAUUGAGAAAAGUGGGUACCAGGCUCUGCCAUGGGUGAGGUACAUAACAAUGGCUGGCGAGUAUGAGUUGAGGCUAAUGUAACUCAAUUAGUGAUCCAAGUGCCAAAAGGUAUGUUCAUCUGCACUUCAGGGACAAAUUGGAUAAUUGAACAAGAGUGAUUCAUGAAUUUUUGGUUUCUUAUGGGCAAGCAGUCUCUUGUGGCAUGUCAUCAUUCUCCAGCCUUUGUUAAACAUUCAUUACAUUUGCAGUUCAUGUGGCAUGAAUUUUUUUAGUUCAUGUGCAGAAUUUUCUUUACUAAUGUGAAAACUGUGCUGUGUUAGUAGUUUCUACUCUGAAAUGAAUUUUGCACUUAGAUUUCAAAUUAUUGAUUUCAAGAGACCAAGACUGAUGAAUCUUGGCUGUAAGAGAAUUUCCCGUUCUGAAACUUGUAGUUUUAUCUGAUAUUGUGUAUGUUUCCUGUAUUAUGUUCUAUGCUUUCAAACAGAUGAUUUUUUUUUGAAAAAUGCAGUAUAAUGUGAACAUUUCUGUUGAUUCAAAGAGAAAGAGGGCCUAUUAUUGCA